AUGCGAUUCAGCGUCACCUCCCUGCUAGCCACGGCCACACUGUUAGGGGCUUCUCUUGCGCACAAUAUACAACUCAAAGCACACUCGCGAGAAUGCUUUCACGAAGAGUUGCAUGCCGGCGACAAGAUGACCGUCACAUUCCAAGUCGGUGAUCGGGAAUUUGGAGGUUCUGGCAACCUAGACAUCGACUUCUACAUCAAUGAUCCUACGAGCAGACAGGAAGUGUCGUUACGAAGUGUGUCAUCAGGCGAUUACUCCUUUGACGCGAAACGAGAUGGCAAAUACAUGUACUGCUUCAGCAAUGAGCAUUGGUCCGCCAAUAGCAAGGAGGUGUCGUUCAAUGUGCAUGGCAUAGUCUAUGUGCCAGAAUCAGAAACUCCGUCAGACCCACUAGAAGCCGAAGUCAAGAAGAUGUCGGAGGCUUUGGCUCAAGUCAAAGACGAGCAGGCCUACAUUGUGGUCAGAGAGAGAACACACCGCAACACUGCUGAAAGUACCAACGCUCGAGUGAAAUGGUGGUCGAUUUUCCAGCUGGGUGUCUUGAUCGGCGAAGGUGUCUUUCAGGUCUGGUGGUUGAAGAGAUUCUUUGAGGUCAAGCGAGUCGUAUAA